AUGUCUCGCGCCAAUUCAUCCACACCGGAAUCCAAUGAACGCGAACCCCUUCUUGCGCGCGCGCCACGAACCGAGCCUACCGAUGUAUCGGUACAUCCACGUGUAGAUGUAUGUGAUGCGCUGAUCACGGGAUCGCGGUCGAUCAAACCGGGUGCUUCUAGUCGGAGUUCAGAUGUAGAUCAAGAUCAAGAUCAAGAUGCGGAAGAAGAAGGAAAUGAAGGAAAUGAGGAAGAAGACAAUACGCCGCUCCCCCUAGGACAAAUCCUCAGUCUCUGCUACAUUCGACUCGUGGAACCCAUUGCAUUUUUCUCCAUCUUUGCUUUUCUAAAUCAGAUGUUGUGGGAGAUAGGGGAUGUUGAACAGGGAGAGGAAUCUCUAUUCUCCAUCACGGAAAUGAUGCUCAUGGUGCACUGGGGACGCGCCUCGGAUAAAUUCGGUCGCAAACCUAUUAUGAUUAUCUCACUCCUAGGCAUAUCGCUAGCGACGGGGGUUUUUGGUUUUGGGAGGUCGAUUUGGCAAUUGGUGAUUUUUCGAUGUGUUGCUGGGCUUUUUGCGGGGACAAUUGUCACCGUUCGAACGAUGAUCUCGGAAAAUAGUACGAAAAAUACUCAAGCAAGAGCUUUUAGCUAUUUCUCUGUGGCGGGGAAUAUGGGGAUACUUAUUGGGCCUUUGAUAGGUGGUGCUCUCUCCGAACCCGCCAAACAAUACCCAUCCAUAUUUGGCGGUAUUGCAUUUUUUCAACAAUCCCCCUUUGCACUUCCUACCAUCUGUACAGGAUUAUUCGCUCUGAGUGCAGCGUUCGUUGCUACGUUCUUCAUUAAGGAGACAUUGGGAAAGAAAACAUAUCAGAAAGUAGGAGCACACGAUGGAAUGACCAUGCGCGAACUUUUGAAAUUCCCAGGCGUGGCUCGUUGUGUGUAUAUCUACUGUCAUCUAGGUCUUAUGGGCACAGUCUACACAUCCGUCCUCCCCGUAUUUUGGUUCACGCCCAUUUCCCUCGGCGGAUUAGGCUUCACCCCCCUCCGCAUCUCCCUCUUCAUGGCCCUCGCCGGUUUCUCCCAAGCCUUCUGGAUGAUCGUCGUCUUUCCCCCUCUCCACACCCGUAUCGGUACCGUCGGAGUCCUCCGCGCCUGCGCUUUUUUCUGGCCCUUCCUGUUUGCCUUUUGUCCGUUUGCCAAUUUCUUAUUGAGAAUGGGGUAUGAAAGGACAUUCUGGGUUGUUUAUCCGUUAAGUAUGUCGAUGGGGGUGGGUGUUAGUAUGGCGUUUACCUGCGGCCAACUAGCCCUAAACGACAUUGCCCCCUCCUCCCAAACCCUUGGCACCCUCAACAGUAUCGCGCUCGCCGUCACAAGCGGAACACGUGCUUUUGUGCCCGCCCUCUUCACUAUCAUAUUUGCAUAUGGAGUGACGCAUCAAAUUCUCUGGGGAUAUUUUAUUUGGGUUUUUGAGGUCUUGGUUGCGGUGGGAUUGGUGGUUGCCGUGCCAUUUUUGCCAAAGGAGGCUUAUGGGAGAGGGAAGGGAAAGAUAUAG